AUGAUGGCAGCUGCAAGGGCAAAGACGAGGGCCAACCGAGCAACGGGCUUCUUGUUGAGCGUUGCUCUGGCGGUGUGUUCCUGUGGGGGGGGCGCGCUGGGCUUCGUGGUGCCGGCGUCGUCGUCGGCGUUGACGGCUACAGCAGCAGCAAAAUCACACCGUGUAGCGGCAGCGGCGACGGCGGUACGCCCGAGGCCCCCCUCCCGCCUCUACUCCUCCAAGAAGCCGACGACAUCCGGAGGGGCGACCGACUUCAUGGACAGCAUAGGCGGCGUGGGCCGGGAGCUCUCGACGGAGGAAAAGAUCGCGGCGCUGCAGAAGGAGGUUCAGGCGCAGGCAGCCGCGGUCGCAGAAACAGAGGAAAAAGAGCAGGAUGAGGAGGAGGGUGCGGGGGGAGGGGAGGUAGCGAUACCCGCCUCGAUGUCGGUGGAGAGCGAGGAGGAAGAGGAGGAGAGCUCCGGCGGGGGGGGAUUUUUCUCCAAGAGCGAAGAAUUCGUCGCGGAACCGGGGUUUGUCGACGAGGGCAAGAACAUCUUGUGGCCUAACACUCGCCGUGCCGCCCAGCUGACGCUGCUCGCGGUGGUGGCGCAGAUCGCCUUCAUCGUGUACAUCAUCAGCCUGAACUCGCUCCUGAACGCCUUCCCGCAGUACUUCCAGAAGUUCGUUGACAUCAUCAAGUCGGGGGACUGGUCGCAGGUCCGGUUGCCGGAAUUGUGAAGAGUUGUUUUUUUUCUUUAGUCAUGGCUGAUUGUGCAGAGUGGAGCGGGUCGUGCUCAUGGCUAGCAUGGGACGGAUUGCUCCUUCGUGUUGACCUGGCCUGGGAUUUGCCGCCCUUGUAGAGAGAGCCCUGAUGGCAUGGCUGGUAUGGGACGGAUUGGUCUUUCGCAACGGCCUGGCUUGGGAUUUGCAGCCCUGCUAGGGACAGUGUCCUGAUGGCGUGGACGCUCCAUGUCUGUCCAUAGAUUGGCUACGGGGGAGCGGGAUGCGGGAAUUGAGUGUACGGGAGAGUGUACUCGUAGCCGUGCGUGCCGAAGAAGUUGUUAGACCGUU